AUGAGUAACCAGAAGAAGAGGAACUUCCAGAUAGAGGCGUUCAAGCACCGGGUCGUGGUGGAUCCGAAAUACGCAGAUAAGACCUGGAAGGUUCUGGAGCAUGCUAUCCACGAGAUUUACAACCACAACGCCAGUGGCCUCAGCUUUGAAGAGCUCUACAGGAAUGCUUACAACAUGGUUCUCCACAAAUUUGGUGAGAAGUUGUAUUCUGGCCUGGUUUCAACUAUGACCUCACAUCUAAAGGAGAUAUCUAAAGCUAUUGAGGCUGCCCAGGGAGAAUCCUUUUUGGAGGAGCUGAACAGGAAGUGGAAUGACCACAACAAAGCGCUGCAGAUGAUCAGAGACAUAUUGAUGUACAUGGACAGAACUUAUAUCCCUAGUAAUCAUAAAACCCCUGUUCAUGAGCUAGGCCUCAACUUAUGGAGAGAUAAUAUUGUUCGCUCCAGCAAAAUCCAGACCAGGCUAUUGAACACUCUUCUGGACUUGGUCCACAGAGAACGAACUGGCGAAGUAAUAGACCGUGGUCUGAUGAGAAACAUAAUUAAGAUGCUGAUGGAUUUAGGUUCUGCAGUUUACCAGGAAGAUUUUGAGAAGCAUUUUCUUGAAGUUUCUGCCGAGUUUUACAAAGUUGAAUCUCAGAAGUUCAUCGAAUGCUGUGAUUGUGGUGAGUAUCUGAAGAAAGCUGAGAAACGUUUGAAUGAAGAGAUAGAGAGGGUGACACACUACUUGGAUACUAAGAGCGAGAUCAAAAUCACCAAUGUGGUGGAGAAGGAAAUGAUUGCGAAUCACAUGCUGAGACUUGUCCAUAUGGAUAAUUCAGGCUUGGUCAACAUGCUUCUCGAUGAUAAAUAUGAUGACUUGGGAAGAAUGUAUAACUUAUGCCGCCGAGUACCUAAUGGUCUUCUUACAAUCCGAGAAGUAAUGACUUCUCAUCUUAGAGAAACUGGCAAGCAACUCGUUACUGAUCCCGAAAGGUUAAAGGAUCCAGUGGAGUUUGUGCAGCGGCUCUUGGAUGAGAAGGACAAGUAUGACAGCAUCAUAAACAAAGCCUUUAUCAAUGACAAGACAUUCCAGAAUGCUUUAACAAAUUCGUUCGAAUACUUCAUUAAUUUGAAUGCUCGUUCCCCUGAAUUCAUCUCGCUGUUUGUUGAUGACAAGCUGCGGAAGGGGCUAAAGGGAGUCAGUGAAGAAGAUGUGGAGAUCAUUCUAGACAAGGUGAUGAUGUUGUUUAGGUAUUUGCAGGAGAAAGAUGUGUUUGAAAAGUAUUACAAACAACACUUAGCUAAGAGACUUUUGUCGGGUAAAACCGUAUCAGACGAUGCAGAGAGAAGUCUAAUUGUUAAACUCAAGACUGAAUGUGGGUACCAGUUUACUUCAAAAUUAGAAGGUAUGUUCACAGACAUGAAGACUUCGCAGGACACAAUGCAAGGAUUUUAUGCAAGUCAUCCCGAGCUAGGAGAAGGGCCCACACUCGUAGUUCAGGUUUUGACAACUGGGUCUUGGCCAACUCAGCCUAGCGCCACCUGCAACUUGCCUUCUGAAAUGUCGGCACUAUGUGAGAAGUUCAGGUCGUAUUACCUAGGGACUCAUACGGGUAGAAGAUUGUCGUGGCAAACGAACAUGGGGAAUGCAGAUAUGAAGGCGAGUUUUGGGAAAGGUCAGAAGCAUGAGCUGAAUGUUUCGACGUAUCAAAUGUGCGUUCUAAUGCUCUUCAACAAUGCUGAGCGGCUUAGUUACAAGGAGAUUGAGCAGGCGACUGAGAUUCCAGCCCCUGAAUUGAAGAGGUGCUUGCAGUCCAUGGCUUGUGUGAAGGGCAAAAACGUGCUUAGGAAAGAGCCCAUGAGCAAAGAGAUUGGUGAAGAAGAUGCUUUCUUUGUGAAUGACAAGUUCUCAAGCAAGUUUUAUAAGGUGAAGAUAGGAACGGUGGUUGCACAGAAGGAAUCCGAGCCUGAGAAGCAAGAGACACGGCAGCGAGUGGAAGAGGACAGGAAACCGCAGAUUGAAGCUGCAAUAGUUAGGAUCAUGAAGUCAAGGAGGGUAUUGGAUCACAACAACCUAAUCAGUGAGGUCACAAAGCAAUUACAACAACGGUUCCUCCCCAAUCCGACUGAGAUCAAGAAGCGGAUCGAGUCGCUUAUUGAGCGGGAUUUCUUGGAAAGGGAUAACGUGGACCGAAAACUUUACCGGUAUCUUGCAUAA